AUGGCAGCAGCGGUGGAGGCGAAUGCGGAGAAUCCUGAGUCCUGGAGCGACCUCUUGACCGACGUAGUGACCAAAUGUGGACGUGACAGCGAGCGUCGACUCUUCUUGUACGGGAUCAGCUCGGACCGCUGUUUCAAGUGCCAGACAAGACUCGAGAGCGGCGACGACGAGUGUCGUAGUUGCUGUUAUAGGCACCAGAAGCUACGUGAAUGCACACGAUGCAGUCAGAAGAACGACCCGGUCAUGUGGUGUGUCGAGUGUGAUGCCUACUUUUGUGCAACUUGCCACAAGAAGCCGCACGUGCUGAUGCUAGGAAGUGCUGCACCGCAUCAUUGCUUUCCAAUUGACGGCGCGAGUGGUAAGCAUUUCGUGGAAGCGGCGUGGUCCGAGAAGUUUACGGCAGUGAUGGAGGCUACGUUCCGACUGCGCUUGCACGACAAGAUACAGGCAGAGGAGUUGCCUGUCACGGUGCAAACACAAGCAACUGGACAACAAGUACUGGGUGGUAGUGGAGCAGGGGAUUGUGCUGGUACAACCAUGAAGGUGUCGAAGCAGCUGCCGCAUUCUGUGGACGCUUCAUCUGUAGCUCUAGCUGCGGUAAAUGGAACAUCUGUAGAUCCAUUGCCUUCCUCGACGUCAGUACCACCAACAACUACAGAUGAGCAGACGUUGUCGAGUUCGAGGUCGGAUACAACACAGCAGCAGUCUCGAAAGCGCGGACUUGCAGAAUCAGGCGAUUUGCGUGAAAAGCUCCAAAACGUAGUUUGUGCCGACAGUUUAGGUGGGCAGGCACCACCGACACUAACUUCGAUACCAGCGCCAGCACCAGCACCGAAAGGAGUUAUGCUUGUGCAAGAUAGCGUGAAGGAGUUGCGUGGUGAGCAAGCGGCAGCUACAAAGCAUAGCGGGCAACAAGCUCUAUCACCAAAGAUGAGCAUGGAUCAGCUACUGUCCCAAAAUGUAUUUCAGAAACGACAGCGGCAUCAUCAAAAGGAACGAGAACUGCAAGAGUCUGACCGCGCACUACAUCCUCAACAAGAACAGCAUCGAUCUCAGGAGCGGAAGCAGGUGGGAGCGUCGAAGCAUGAACUACAGUGUUCGAACCUCAAGCGUUCCGGAUGUUUGAAAGAUCAACAGCAGCAGGUGGAUCAGCGACGGCAAAAGGGUGUGCAGCAACAUCUUAACGAGCAGCGUCAGCAAGGAAAGCAGACGCGUGAAGAGGAGCAAGGACGACAAGAAGAGCGAAGGCACAAGGAGGAGCAAUGGCGGCAAGAACAGCUGCGAUGGCAGGAAUUACGCGAGCGAGACACACUGGGACAGCAAGGAGAAUAUGAGCGCGACACGCUGCGACAUCAGGGACAAUUUCGGGAACAGGGACGACAGCAGCAGCUUCUGCUGGAAGAACGGCUGCGAAAUGAACAACAGAGGAGUUCUCUUCAACGGGAUGAGGCUCGCUCGCCGAUGUGUCAAAGCAAUCAGUUCGUUAGCCAAGCUCAGCAUGUGCGACUUGGUCGGCCAGAAUCUGACUUCAUGGCUUCGUCGAGCGUAUCUGCAUCGACGCCAGGUGCCUCUGUGACUCCGUCAAACGUUUCUGCACCGACACCUCCGACCACUCGACUGACGUUCGCGUCAUCUCCAGCGGAUGUUGCUCAUGCCACCCCGCGUUUCGGACCAGCUGCUCCUUCUCCCUGUAGCUACCCGUUUCAAUCGAAUGCUGGUGAUCCCGUAGCAAGUGCGACUCCGUGUAUGGGAUACGAUAACGCGCAUCAGGAACAUGUGUCCGCGUUUGAAACAACUUCGCAGGACCAUGGAGGAGAUCGCCAUCUCAUUAUCAGGGACCCUAGCGUCCAACCUCAGCAGACAGGUUAUCCAGGUGCUAUGGUUCCGCAUCGCAUUGGGGCAGGAGCAAUGGGCGAUUUUGGUCUUAGCAAGCUUGGUGAGGAUGAUGAGCUACGUGCAAUCUGGGUGAGUGAUUACGACAGCGUGAAUGUUUUGGUCAUGCAACUGGAUUCGGAGAUCGCGAAGCGAGCGGAAGAGGGACAUGCUUUCGUGCACAUGUCAAACAACAUUACAGUCCCUGAGCAGCUGAAGCAAGCGAUCAACAACCUCCGUGCUCAGCGAGAUGCAGCAAUGAAGAAGCGGUUCGAAUCCGUGGUUCGUGUCUGCAUCUUCUCCGACUCGGUGCGUUCCUUCGCACAGCAAAAUGAGUACAGCAACAUUUGGAGCGACGUUCCGGAGGUGCUCAAGGCGUCACACAACAAGUGCGCAGAGGUGUCUGCCACCAUCCGCGAACUCGAACUGCAGGCUCAAGAGCUCCGUGAAGGGGUUGACGAGGCGGUGUCCAGUGGAGACCCUGUGCAGAUGCAGAAUGUCGCACGGUUAGGCGCCCUGCUCGCGGACUGUGAGCGGAAGAUCCGCACGUCGAGCGGAGAGCGCGACAAGCAGUUCAAUUUCAUGUUCCAGUUCAGCAGAACUCUUCGGAACAUGGUCCGCGCCGAAUGGGCGACGGCAGGAGGAGGGUAUCACGAUACGCGCUGA